UUGACUGAAACGAACGGCAUUUGGCAAAUGGAAGCACAAAUCAAAGUCACAACAGCAAAAUGAAUAUUAGCUCAACGGUUUGUUGGUGCAACAACUAUGAUGGCGGCAGCAUUGCAAAUGUGGGUCCCGAUGUUUGCGCCCUUCGACAGGCCAAUUUGAUCAAAUUUACGCAGAUGUCAACGCUCGCAGUCAGCUAUUUCAGAGCAGAAACCGUUGCCACUGGCCUGCACAUAAGCGCCUUUGCCGGUCACAAUCGCUUUCCGCUUUUUGGAUUUGCCGAGAGUGUUCUGCGCCCCAACAUAUACGUCUACAAGUAUCCCGAGUUGACCAGAUACUCGACUCUGUCGUCUUCCAUACUGAACUUUACUAUGAUACGAUUUUCUGAUCUCGAUCUACUCAUUGGAAUCGGCGGCUAUCCGAAUUAUGCAAUUUGUGUGUUUAACUUUCGGACAAACACAACUAUCCUGGAGCAUCCAACAUAUAUUGAUACUCGACCAUUUUCGGUAGCAUUGGGUACUGGGAGUUUUCCCGUAAUAGUCCAGUACGACAAGAUAGAAUUGCGCAUUUUAUGCUACCAGAUGUGCUACGCGGAGAAAGAAGUGUUCCUGCAUCAGGUGUCCGAGGUGGAAAUGGGCAGGAACUAUCUGAAAUCCGAACGCAAUUUCAUGAGCUUCAGCGACGAUGGACUCUAUGUGAUCAGCGACUAUGGCGAAUUCUCCCAGAUUGACAUCGCCUGUUUCACCAUCAAACAGCGCUGGUCAACCGCCAGCCUAAGCGAGUAUGCCAACGAGGUCCUUGCUCGUCCACAUGCCCUGCUGUUCCACCGAUCGGGAUUCCUAAUUUGGACGAGUGUCAGGGCGUUCUACAUUAAGAAGAAGGCCGGCAACUUUGUCGUCGAAUGGACGAUUGAUCAGAGCUUGGCAAAUGUCUGCACGCUCAUUAGCAAUCAGAAUGGAGAGCUUUAUGCCUCGAGCGAACUGGGUGGCAUUGACCAGGUGAUGGUCGAGGAGAGCGAGGGUAAACUGAACCCGGUGAUUGUUGCCGGUAAAAAAGUGCUGUCCUUUCGGAUGCUCUCCUGCUUCAAAGAAGAGUGCGUCGUGGUGUUGCACAACGAUGGCAUUGCCAUGAUGGAUGUACCAUAUGGCAAAACGAUCUCCACGGUGCCCAUUGAUUUGGCCUGCGCCAUCUGUUCGCAUCGCAACAAUCCUUAUGUAAUUGUCGGCACCGUAGACGGCGUCCUGGUGCUCAUCCACUUCGAAAAGCCCUCGGUGCCGAACAUCGUCUAUGAGCUGACAUGUGAUUCGGCAGCUGUUUUUGCUAUGGACUAUCACGACAACUGCGCCGUCUUUCAGGAUCAGGCCAAGGCUCUGCACAUUGUGAAUAUUGAGUACCGACCGCCCAAGAUGACGUACUAUUUUGCCAUCAAGGAUGAGCAGCUGGUGAAGCAAGUGUUUGUGCACAGCUUCCUCCUCGUGGAGGGGCCGCGUCUCUUGGUGAUGAUAUCGCGCGAUAAAAACAUACAAAAACCAGGCCAUGCGGAUGAGAUGUGGAUAUAUAAUUGGGGCAAGGAUAGGCGGCUGCAUAGACGUGAGUUGCCGUUGCCCAACUCAUAUGUGGCAUUCAUCGUACAGCCACCCAUGGGUCGCUGGGUGCUGAUUGAGAUUGUGGGUGUGGUCAAGGAUAGCGCCGUAUUCGACCAGUUUGUGCUAAACGACAGCAGCGAACUCCAGUGGGCUGCAUCGAUACAAUCGGCCCACUUCGGACACAUCAUUGAUGUCAACAUGACGAGACAUCUGCUCACGUGGGGCGUUGAUGGCAUCAUGGUCCACUUUCGGCAGCACAAGCGUGCCAAGAAGGCAUUCAUGAUGUCACGCUUUGUCUCACUCUUCUUUCGGCCCCAAUUUGUGUUGCGCGCCAAGGAGUGCUACAAUUCCAAAUACCUGAUAGUAUUGGACGCCAACAAUGUGUUCUUAGUGAGUCGCCUGCCCUCCUUGGCCGAUCAUGCGCGGGAGAACAGCGAAAUAUCUGUGCCUGAGAAAUAUAUUGUACCGCAGACGGGGAUGGUGUCACGAGCAUUUGUGGCAGCCACCGUGAAAUUGGAGGUGAAGGAGGAGUACACAGUUGCAGAUAUGUUUAAGCGCGACAAGAUACUUCAGAUGAUACAGGAUUUCUCGGCCAAGGUGACGGCGCUGAUCGAUUACGAUAUUUCCGUGACGGGCAAAUCGAAGGGGAUUUUCAAAAAGUUUUGCUACCACUAUAAAUGGAUGGAGGCACUGACGGAGGAGGCGCACAAGCUGUGUGAUUUGGAACGGGAGUCACUGAUGCGCGCCAUCGAGGAUCAGUCGAGGAUACGGGACUGGAUUAUGCAGCUGGUGACAAGCCGGGCUGUCAAUAUUAAUUAUAAAGUGCGAUCCAUAUUUGCCGAAGCAAAUUUCGAGAGUUUUUCAGUUGUGCGCAAGUCAAAUAUGAUCGUAUUCGACAAAUAUCGCUUCUACGAUCUGCAAGAUCACAUGCGUCUCUCUGUGUUUUCCUUAGAAGAAUUGGCAGAAGACUCCUUGCACGGGGACAUGGAGGCGGAAGAGGGCGAGGGCAAGCCAGCAGGCCAUGAACUCAAACUGUAUGUGGUGGAAGGGCCUAGUGUCUAUGAUCACAUGAUGGCACCACAAUUCCAGUUGCAGUCUAAGGAAAUAAUCACAUCGAAUCAACUAUUCAAUGAUGAUUGCAAGUACCAUUACUAUUUGGUAGACCCCAUGAAGCAGGAGUUCAACAAGUAUUUCCACGAGGCGCAGCAAUUGAAACGGGAGACCAUUGACAAUGUGCUAACCACAAAUGGUGUGCUUACUCGAAUCUAUGAUAACAUGAAUUGCAUGCUGAGACUUCUCUGGAUGGACUCGUUUCAGCCGCCCGAGCAAACGGUGCCCACCCUGGCCAAGGAUGAGGUCAUAAAGUCCAUUCUGGAGGUGGAUGACUCCGAGGUGAAGGCGAUCAAUCGACGCAAGCCCAAAGCAAUAGACACGGGCGGCAAGCGAGGUCGACUUUUGCUGUGGUCUGUGGAAUUCUGGGCACGGGCCCUGAUUGUCAUGAUGGAUGGCGUUAUUGAGAAGCUAUGGGAGGAAGAAAUCAAAAAGGAUAUACCCAUUCCGGAAUUCAUGCUCAAGAAGCAGCCGCACGAGUACUCGCUGGAGGACCAGAAGAUAUUUCGCGCCUAUGAGGAGGCUGUGUAUCUGCUCGAGCAGGAUCGUCGCAAGUAUUUGGGCAUUCUGAACGAGAACGAGGCCAAAACGCUGCAGCUGAAGACCAAGCAAAUCCUCAAACUGAACCAACGCGUCGCGGAGCUAAUGCUGCUCAAACUUAGGUACGAUUUUGCCCAGAAGCAGUGUCGUGUCCGAAUGCUCAACAAGAUCACCACCAGCAACGCACGUGGACAGUUGCGCGAUAAAAUCCGAGGAUUACGCAGCGACAUUGACAAGCUGAACGAGUACAUCAAACGCUAUGCGAAUCUCUUCGACUUUUGGGAACGUGGCCAGCAGGAUGUCCGCACACGACUCGAGGCACAACAGACCAGGGACCGCGCCUGCGAGCGGCAGUUUCGCGGCAACUUUCUAAACUCUGUGCCACAUGCCGCUCACGAGAUGACCAAGCUGUUCAAGAAGCGCCCCAAAUUACCGAACAAGACAUUUAAUUCAUCGUUGAUUUGCAGUGAAGCCGCUCAGCGACUUAGUCCCAAACAGUCGCAACGUGGAGCUUUCCCCUUGCCCAAUGAAAUUACCGAAUUUCUGGCCUUCAUCGCCGACAAUGAUACGCCCAAAAAUUGUCCGACUUCGGUGGAUGCCAAGGCCUGGGAAGCGUUUGUCAAGCUGCGCCGGCAGAAGAUCGAGAGCGAGUUGCGACUCAAGGGCAUUAGCCACCAGUUGGUGGAUAGCCAGAGCGCCUUGAACGGCCUCACCAAAGAGAUCGCGGGUCUUAAGGAGACCAAGGCCCACACACAACGGGAAAUGGAGGACACAAUACAGACUUAUUUGGAGACCAUGAGGAACAUGACGUUACAGUUGACAUUAACACUGGGACAGGUCGAGGUGCAGGUCCAUGGCUCCACCAAGUCGCUAUCUAACAGUGUUCUAAUGCAUGUGGAUGACAUCAAUGAUGUUAACCACAUGAUAAAGGACGCAGGUAACAAGAAGAUCAAAGCCAUGCAGCGCGUUGCCGUGUUCCGGCGCCAGGUGAUCUUUAAGGAAUGGGAACACAAGCUAUAUAAGGCUAAUAUUGCCUAUCUCAAGUACAUGCUGGAUGCCAUCGAGAAAUGCAAAGUAUCCAUUGAGUUUCUUAACAUUUUACGCAACUGGGAGAAGGUGAAAGUCGAACGCCAGAAAUACAUGGCAGCUGGUGCCAUCGAACGCAUUGUGGAGCAAAAAAUUGCAGUCUUUAGGAAACAAAUCGAUCGCAUCAACAUCAAAAUUGAUAGUGUGCAGCAAAAGACACUGGAAAUCAAACGCCAAAACCACAUGAUCGAUUCCAAAAUUGAACGCCUCAAAGUUAGCGUCACUCUUCAGAACUCACAGCGCGAUGUUAUGAUGGAGCAGCGUCGCGAUCGCGAGCAACGCGAGCGCAUGGAACAGAUCAAGAUUCAUCGCCACCUAAUGGACAAUGUGCGCAAACACUAUGCUCAUGUCUUGGAGUUGCAAACGAUCUUAGAGCUAUUACGGCUGCGCACAUACCCAACCUUGGGGCCACUGUUGCCCCAAUGCCAUCCUCCGGUACCAGAUCAUAUACUCAACUCUGUACCAUAGAUAUAUAGUUAUCUAAGUAUUAAGAAGUACGAUGCAAGCACUUUAAACUAUUUUUGAACCUAAGAAUCUAGCUGAGAUUAAUAAUUAUACUUAUGGAGUGAGCAGAUCAAAAAUUUAGUUAUAAAAA